GGAAUUGGACAUGACUGAAAGGGCUUUGAAUUAAUGGCAGAUUUCCCCAAGAUACACCUUGCCUGCCUGCCUACUAAAUCCAGAUUUUCUUCUUGCAUAACAUACAUACAUGAGAAUGUACCAUGUUCUUUUCUUUCCUUUUUAGGUAGAAUUGGAGGACUGUGCCUUUUAAUUUUGAGUUAAAAUGGCAGCUUCUGCACCCUCACCCCUGGUCAGCUCCACAGAGAAGACAAAUGGAGCCAAGCUCAGCAGACUUCUCAUAGAUGGUGGAACCACAGUUUUAAAAAUGGUUUUUGACCGCCAUCAUUCUCCUGCAAACCUGGCUAUGGAUCUCACAGCCAACCGUCCAAAACUGUGCAAUCUACUGAAGAGAAGGGUUUUACAUAAGCCUCAGUGGGACAAACUGUUUCCACCCAGUGGGAGUACACCAGAUUCAAACAAUUUUGACAUAACUCUUCUUUUUCUUCUUCUGACUGAGAUUUGUGGGCUUUCUCCUCCCCCCUCAGGGUGGCACAAAAAACCACCCUUGAGUGACACUACCUUAGAGGCUAACCUUGCUCGCAUAAAGUUCUUUCGAAAUGAGUUAUAUGGUCACGUGUCCACCACUGGCAUCGACUCAUCAACAUUCUCCCAUCUUUGGAGGGAAAUAAGUGACGUUCUUGUUGCUCUUGGGCUAAAUAAAGCAGACGUAGAUAGACUAAAGGCUGAGUACUGUGGAGAGGAAGAUUAUCUUCAAAUGUUGUUUGAGUGGGCUGAUAGUGAGAAGGAUCUUAAGUCACAACUAAAAGAAAUAAACCAAACUAUCGAUAUGGUACACCAAAACCAAACACAGGAUGCUGAGAUGCUACAGCAAAUGAAGUCAGAGCUGCAUGGAGUAUGUCACACUCAAACCAAAAUGCAAGAAGAGGUAUUAGAAGUGAAAAAAAGUAUUGAAGACUUAAACCAAAGAGGGCAGGCUAACAGAACAGAAGAGAUUCUGAACGUCCUUGCAAAGUCCGAGUUUGAAGGGGACAUUGAGUUUCAUGUGUCAAGAUUCCAGGAAGGAACUCGCGAGUGGAUCUUUAAAAAAAUCGAGGGUUGGCUUGAUGACAGAAGUUCCCCAAAUCGUGUGAUGCAACCUAGCAACGGGAUCAAUGAGGAAGAACACAGAAGAGAAGUUUUUCUCCCUCCCUACCCUGACCAUCUUUUCGAAUCCAGGCUUCCACGUCAGGCUCGGAACGCCUGA